GAAUAUGACAGGAACGGGUGUCCCCGACCGACCCCCCCGCCAGGGGAUCACGAACUCUCGCUUCCAGCAAUAAUAACGGGUCCGCGACUCCGACACCGAACCGCGCCGGCCCGUCGGACCCGUUCUCGCCCGGGAUAAUGUGCCUUCGCUCAGGGGUCCUGUGUCAAAGGGUGUGUUCUGUUGUGGGGAAUGUGUGACGUGCGAGAGUAACGGUCCGCUCGCUUCCACCCACUGCUGCGCGCUCCUCGCACUCAACACACACACACACACACACUCAGCGUGGUCCCUCAGUACUGCUGACUGUCCCCUCUUCGGCCGGGCGAACGCGCUGUACGGUUCCGGUACUGUACGGUACGGUAAAUCUGCCGUACGCACGGGUGCAACGGCAGAGUGAGCGAGCGAGGGGAAAUGGAGGAGCGCGCGACUCCGGGCAACGUGCGCCGUCCACCUCCGACUGCCAGACGAUCCAACAAGAGCAAAGCUCCAACACCCCCGCUUGUGGCGCAGAACCGAGGAGCAGGUCCAAGACCCCCGCAGAGACUGCCAAGCUUCCCCCCCACUGCCAUGGAGCAGAAAGAGAACUUGAUUGACAGGGAUUUGACUCUUACCGUGGUCCUGCCAGCAGGGCUGGAGAAGACAACUAUAGUGCACGGCAGCAAGCCCAUGAUGGACUUGUUGGUUAUGCUCUGUGCAAAGUACCAUCUGAACCCCUCCAGCCACACCAUUGAGCUCAUCUCUACGAAUAGGAACCACAUCAAGUUCAAGCCCAACGCUCUGAUUGGAGCCCUAGAGGUGGAGAAGAUCCUGCUGAAGCCCAAAGGUGCAGAUAAGGGCAAAAAGAUGGAUCCUCAUGUUCCCGAGGCCACCGUCCGCCUUGUGAUAAACUACAGGAGGACCCAGAAAACCAUCCUGAGAGUGAAUCCCCGGGUCCCCUUAAGAGAACUCCUGGCAGCAGUGUGCGAAAAGUGUGAAUUUCAGCAGAAGACGACGGUCCUGUCGAGGGACGUGCAGUCGGAAGAACCUCUGGAUUUGUCGAAAUCCCUCAACGACUUUGGGCUCAGGGAGCUGUACGCAAGGGACGCGAAAGAAAAUUGUCCAGUAAAUUUAACAUCUUCGGCAGUUAAUCGAGAAGAUAAAAGUCCUCAAAGCAAAGAGAAAACACUGAAGGAGAAGGAAAACAAAGGGUUGUUCAGCAUGUUCAGAAGAAGCAAGAAGAGACCUGACCAGGUCGCCACUGCCAGCGCUCCUGCCUCCCCGGUCCUGAGCAAGCAGAGUCGGAGCACGGGCACCACCAGCUCCAUGCCCUCCGACGUGCCCAAGAAGAGGCGUGCCCCACUGCCCCCCAUGUUGAUGUCGCAGAGCUUUCCAUCCAACCUGAACAACCAGCACCAAACACACUCCCCACCUUCAGGCCUGUCCGAGGAUGAGCAGAUCUCGCCUGGGCUCAGCUGCAGAUUCCCUUCGGAAUUCUCCCUGAAGAGGAGCAAGCGGAAGGCCCCCCCACCCCCCUGUGUGCUCACACUGGAUAACACGCAGCAGGACCCCGCUGUCAUCGAAGGAUUAUCCCACAAUACCCUGGAGGAGAUCCAUGAACAAGAGGAGGUGCCGUGCUCUGUCGCACGGGACUUCAGCGCAUCGAACGACCGUCAGGGAGACGACGGCAGCAUCAGCCUUUCUGCUGAAGCCUUGAUGGAUUCUGGGAAAAGCGAGCCCGCCUCAGAUCCCACUGACUUUGAGGCGCUGAGCUCCUCGCCGUCGGACAUUGCGGGGGAGGAUCGGAAGGGUGAUCUGUCCUCAGAUGGCAAACUAUCCAGGGACCCCGUGAGCAGCAGGGAUUGCGCUGAAAAAAUUCUGAAUAUCGAGGAUCGUGGAAUUCCCAGAGUAGAAAGUACAGAAACUGCUGUAAGCCCAGCUGAACAAAUGAGCGAUCAGGUGGGCCAGCCUUGGGAAAAUGGGCCACUUCUAAAUGAGGAUGCAGAGGGGUGCCAAACUGGAAUACGUGCUCAGGGCCCUGCCCCCCCCGGGGCCCCCACACCCGAACCGACAACCCAGGGAGCAGGAAAGCAGGCCUCGAAUCAGGCUGACAGCGAGGUGUCCUUUGGGGAAGGGCCAGAACAAGCAGGAGUUCCAGUGGAAGAGACAACGGCUUCCCUUUCUCGGCAGUCAGCAGGAGUCCACGCCGGCGUUGGGCCAGAGUCUUCAUUUUCAUCUGAGGAGACCCCUUUAGCAGAAAUAGCCGUCAUGAAGAAGGACAUGGCAACAUCCACAGAGGACCUUACUUUGACGGAGAGUCCGAGCACUUCCCCUCAGCCACGUGAAGGGCUUCGCAAAUGUCCAAAACUGCUUGCGGCAGCAAACACUCCUGUGUAUAUUAAGGAAUCUGAGCCUAAACCGAAACCAUCCAACGAGCUGACGAGGGAUUACACACCAAAGGUUGGGCUGACCACCUACACCAUCACGCCUCAAAAGUCCCUUGAGAAACUGAGGUUCUUUGAGGUGGAGCUCACACUUGAGUCUUCCAGGAAACCGGAAUUAGCUGCAAGCAACGCCGAAGCUGUAGACGAGACGGGUGGGUCGCAACUGGCAGAGCGUCGUCCAGAACUGCGCAUUCCUGUGCCCGCGGUGGGCAGUGAGCUCAGCGGGCAUGCUGACAGUGGAGCGGGAAGUUAUAAUGGUAACCAUAGUGAGACGAUCCUUCCUCAGACAGCCCUUGGGCCUGCUCCAAUUCCUCGUGCAGACGACAAGUCCUGCAAACCUCCCUCUUCCUCUGCUAGAGGCCCUGAGGGAGACCCAGAGCUCCGGAUCAAACAGAAGAAAAUCCCACCCGCAAUUAAACCCAAGCCGCUCUCGUUCCACUCACUGCAGCACAGGCGAACACCUGGACAUUACGUAACCUCGGCAGCCAUGAGGAGCGCAAGUGUACAGAGCCCAGUUGGCAGCCAGAGCCAGGCCCCGGAGCGAGCCCUGGACAAGGUGUCCUCCACUUCCUUGGAGCGUCGGGAUGAGGACUUCAGAGAAGGUUGUCGGGGGAAUCCCGGAUUUGCCCAACCCCAGAGCGUCCCUGCCAAGGUGUCACCAACUGGGCUCAGCCUGGAGAAGCUGAGGAGCUUUGCUGCACCCCGGCCCUACACACCCGGCAACCCUUCCCGCUUCGCCCUCGCUGUGUCCUCGGCAGUCAAGAGGUCCCAGUCCCUCACCCAAGGGUCUAGUUUCCCUGCUCACCGCAUGCAUCCCAGCUGUGCACUUACUGGACCGUACUCCAUCAGAGAGAUUAAAGAAUCACCCAGGAGAAUGCAGCAGGGUGCUGAGGAGAACAGAGUGGUCCUGCCUCCAGACGUCGGUCACCCUGGCCAAGGAGCAGAGAGCGCUGUGCCUCUUGAGGCGGUGGGCACCGGUGAAGCCAAGGAGACCCCCGAGGCAUGCAGGGGUGCAGUGCAGUGUGCCGCUAUUGUGGCUGCAUCAACAGUGCCUAACUCAUUAACUCCAAUAAUCUUCAAUGGACGUUCUGACCUGAGCGGGUUGGAAUAGAUGCAGCCCUGUGGCCACCUGACAUUGGAAGACCCUCAGUAAUAGGCUUCUGACCAGGCUUUACAAAUGACAGAGGAAAUAUUAAGCAUAAUUGGACCGCCAGGAUUCCCACUGGAGUAGCCCUGCUGAAAACUAUAGCCAGCUUUAAAGAUGCCUUAAUUUUUCUAAAUAUUUCUGUUAAUAUUUUAAUUAUUUUGUAAUUCUUAUUUUAUGCAAUAUACAUAUUAAUUUCAGGUCUAUCUGGGGAUUGUUGGUUUUUUUAAUUUUAUGAUUUGUGUAUAUGUCAAGCAUAUGUUAAUAUUAAAAAUACUCUCGUGUUCACUUCUUUUUUUAAAUUAU